AUGGCGAACUUACCGAGGAACGCGGCAAAAGAGCCAGAAGGAGACGCCGAGAUGGCAGAGGCACCGGCUGCGAAAGCUGGAGCUGAAUCGAGAUCACACCAGGAGUCAGAGGCUUCAGAGCCAGCGCCGCGCCGCCGAGCCGUAUCCGCCGGCCCAGAACUUAUCACGACGCCCGAGAGAAGGAGGCAGCAGCGGAGGGUAUCGUGCGCCGCCCAGUCGACUACGAUCUCCUCGAACGAUGGCGACGACGACGACAGCGGCGGAAAAGCCCAUAGCGGCGACGAGACCAGCGAGCACAUCCCAGCCCGCCAGCGCCAUCAGUCUUCGGCGCAGAGACGGAUGACACAGCAGGCGCGUCGUAAAGGGGGUUCUAUCCAAGCUCCACGAUCCUCGAAGAACCCCUACCGGGUCACCAAAGCCAGCCAGAAGCUGCAAGGACACCGCUGCUGCCGCUGCAAGGCGGAACGGGACGGUGGCGUGAGGUGCCACAGGUGCAAGCAUAUGCUCUGCGCCAAAUGCACCAGGGCAGCCCGCAUCACGCUGCCGGAUCUCAGCUUGCUGGACCUGGGCGGUGGCAAGGACAAGGAUGACGAUGGGUGGGAGACCGAGGACGAGGGGACGGGGAUGGCGGAACAGAUGGACAUUACGGUGUGA